CCAGAUGUGUACAAUAACCCCUGAAAGUGGCCCACUUUUGCUGGUAAUGUCAUCUCGCUGCAUUACCCGUGUCUAUCCCCUUAAACCGAUAGUGAAAAGUGUAAAAAAAAUAGAAAACUUGAACAUUGUUGUUAGAGACACUAAGAAAAUAGGAGUUAAGAGCGAAAAUAAUAUAGGUAUCACAGUUAACCAAAAAAUCCAAGGUAAGAAAUACGAAUUUCAUCCUCAUGAUCAACACGUGGCGGCAGUCGAUGCGUUGCAGUUAGUCGAGAAAUGCUUAGAUGAAAACGUAAAAUCAGACAUCGCGUUCUUUCAGAUACAAAUCAUAUUCAAAAACAGUAUAAUUCCGCUUUCGUUUAACAAAAAAGCAAAUUAUAUUAAAAUAUUUAGAUUUUUAACACCAGACAUAAACUUAAUAGAGUCGAUAAAAAUGAUCACUAAAACUAUCGCGGAAGUCAAAGUUAAAAAAGGGGAACACGGAAGGUUAAUUUUUAAUAAAUAUUCGGUUUUAGACAUUAACAGAUUCAAAAUGACAAUUCCUCACCGAGCAGAGGAGAGGGUGGGAGUGAUUAAAGACUGGGAUUUACCGCUGGAAGAUUUGAGAGAAGAGAUCGAGCCAGGGCAGGGAGUUAUCUCGAUAGAAAGGCUUAAAAAAAGGGUUAGAGUCGAAAAGAGAUUUGUAAUGAGGGACUCUCACCUCAUUUUGGUUAAAUUCGCGGGUUGCAGUCUGCCGACUAAAUUGAUAGUAAUGGGAGAAGUAGGAUUAAAUAUCACACCGUUUGUUAGAAACAUAAGACAAUGUUACAAUUGCCUCAAAUUUGGGCACAUAAAGAAAUGGUGCAGGAGCAAUACCAAAAGAUAUUUCAAUUGUGGAGAUGCUUUUCAUGGAGAAUGUAGUAAAGAAGCAAGAUAUAUAAAUUGCGAAGAAGGACACGGAGCAUUGAACAGGGAUUGCCCAUAUGCGGUAUUAGAAAAAGCCAUUACCAAAUUAAUGGCGUACAAAAACGUAUCAUUUCAGGAAGCUAAACAGCAAGCAAUGCUGGAACUGGGAUUCGUAGAUAAACGGUUAAAAUAUAGGGACGCAGAGGAACAAAAUGAUUUCUACGGGAACAAUAAAGACUUCCCUUCUCUUGACAGAUUUAAAAAGAAGAAGAUCAUAGUUGAGAAAUGGGAGGAUCAACCAUGUGAUCUACGUCACCCAUUCUGGAAACACGUCAAGCCCAAACAGCAAGCACGAAGUGACAGGAAUAAGGGCGAAAAAUAUAGGCUGGAUACACAAAAUGGAUACGAGUCCUUGAGCGAAGAGGAAGAUCAAGGAAAUUACCCAACACAAUCAAGGAAGGAGGACACGACCUAUGCGGACAAAGUGAAAUCAAACCAGAAGAAUAAUAGAAGAAGCCCAAAUAAGGAAAAGAACACCACGAUUGACAAAAGACAAAAACACACAGACUAUGAUAUUGAGCAACUUCUGCAAUGGAUCAGGGAAGAGGAACUAGAGGAUGUGGUUCUGAAGAGACUGAAAACCCGAGGAAGAUACAGCUCUGAACAAAUGGAGAAAAUGUGGGGAAAAGUGGAUUCCAACCUCAAAAGAUUAGAUAGGAACGUCCAAAGACAGAUCAGGAGCUACAACUAUAGCAAAUUACCCAAGCAUAUCACAGGAGAUAAUUUAGUAGACGACGAAUUAGAAGAAAUGAGACGUAAAGAAGAGGAGAAGAAAAGAGCUUUCUUGUAUAGGAAUAAGAGACAAGACACAGGAUGCAGAAGACAAAACUUCAGGGGAACAGAUAGAAACGAAACAUACCAUAACAAGCAUGAGAAUAAGGACUGGAAUCAACCGAACAAGGUAGACAAACUAAUGCCAGAAUGGAAGAAAGCGGAAGAACAACCCACAACCGGUAAACCCAAGGAGAAGGAAGAAUUCGCAACAAGGGUGUUCGAAAUACUGCUCUACCACAAGCACCGAUUGAUGACAACUGGGAUUCAGAUGCACCAAAGGAGGAGCAUGAUCAGGUAAAAACAGUAAAUU